UAGCCUCUUUCUUCUCAAAGCCCUAAUUUUUUCCCCGCCUCUCUCUCUAUUCCCCCAGUUCCUCUCUGCUCUCCGGUCCUCUUCCCCUCCGCUGCGUCGUCUCCGCCUUUGUCAUCUUCUCGGACUUGAUUAACUCCUCCGGCGCCGUCCACGACCUCAGUAAACUCCCAAACAAACUUGGUUCGUCUUCCUCCACCUUGCGCUCAUCAUCAAUGCCGAAAUCCGAUUCUUCAAGAAAAUCGGUAAAAAAAGAGAAAGAACCGCUUGAAAAUCAACCAGAGCCCGAUUUGAGCAGUGAUUCUGAUGUAGACGAGGAUUCCAUUUGGAGUGAUGCCGUCGGUUCGUCAGAUAUUGAUGGGGAUUCCUCUGGAACUAGUGAAAAUGAUGUUGGUGGUAACGGAGAAAUGGAUUCACCAGAUGAUGGCAGGAAUUUCUCUGAAGAUGAGGGUUCCCUUGAACAUACUAGAGAAGACAGGAAAGAUGGAAAUGACACACUUCAGUCAGUUGAAGAGAGCGACUCCUCAGAAGAUGAGGUGGCGCCUAGAAAUACUAUUGGUGAAGUUCCACUUGAGUGGUAUAAGGAAGAGGAGCAUAUAGGAUACGAUAUAAGUGGGAAGAAGAUCAAGAAACAUGCCAGAAAGGACAAGAUCGAUUCUUUUCUGGCUGGAGUGGAUGAUUCCAAGAACUGUAGGAAAAUUUAUGAUGAAUAUAAUGAUGAAGAGGUUGAGUUGACAAAGAAAGAGACUAAGCUCAUUCGCAGAUUGCUAAAGGGAAAGACACCCCAUGCAGAAGUUGAUCCACAUACGCCUUAUGUUGAUUGGUUUGAGUGGGAGGAUAAGGGACACCCACUUUCAAAUGCACCAGAACCAAAAAGGCGCUUUGUUCUAUCCAAGUGGGAGCAGAAAACGGUUGCUAGGUUGGUUAGAGCCAUUCGCAAGGGUUGGAUUAAGUUCGAUAAACCAAAGGAGGAGCCUCAAUUUUAUUUAUUAUGGGGAGAUGAUUCUAAUGCAGCAGAAAACAAGAGGCAGGGAUUAAGUUAUAUUCCUGCACCUAAACCUAAAUUGCCUGGCCAUGAAGAAUCAUACAAUCCAUCUGUAGAAUAUAUCCCUACCCAAGAAGAAAUUAACUCUUACCAGCUGAUGUAUGAGGAAGACCGUCCUAAGUUUAUCCCGAGAAGGUUCGAGUCCCUUAGAAGUGUACCUGCCUAUGAGAAAGCUGUUAAGGAAGAAUUUGAUCGUUGUUUAGACCUUUAUCUAUGCCCUAGGGCUCGGAAGAAACGUAUCAACAUUGACCCUGAGUCUCUUAAGCCCAAGCUACCUAGUAAGAAGGAUUUGAAGCCUUAUCCCUCAACAUGCUAUCUUGAGUAUAGAGGUCACAGUGGACCUGUCAAAUCUAUAUCAGUUGAAAUAUCAGGGCAAUGGAUGGCAUCUGGUUCAACUGAUGGAACGGUGCGUGUUUGGGAGGUUGAGACCGGUCGUUGCCUCAGAGUCUGGAAUGUGGGUGAAGCUGUUGAACACGUUGCAUGGAAUCCUUUGCCUGAGCUUCCCAUGUUAGCAGUUUCUGCGGGGUAUGACGUGAUUCUGCUGAACACUGGACUUGGAGAUGCAGAAGACAAUAUGAGGAUAAAAGAGCUCCUACGUGUUGAGGAAUCGCCAUUAACUAAUGAUGACGGAAAUAAAACCUCUGCUGUGAGUUGGCUCCAACAUACCAAGCUUGAUGGCAUCAGGUUGCAACACUUUAAGGCUGUAUCAACAAUUGAGUGGCAUCGCAAAGGAGACUAUUUCACUACAGUUGUUCCUAGUGGUGAUUCUAGAGCAAUAUUAUUACAUCAACUCUCCAAGAAGCAUAGCCAAAAUUCUAUCAAGAAGUUACAUGGGCUUCCGGUUUCAUCUGUCUUCCAUCCAGUGCGUCCCAUUUUCUUUGUUGCAACUAAGAAAAAUAUUCGUGUUUAUGAUCUUCUGAAGGCAAAGCUCUUUAAGAAGCUUGAAACAAAGCUUCGGGAGAUUUCAUCCAUUGCUAUCCAUCCUGGGGGUGACAAUGUAAUUGUGGGGAGCAAGGAAGGAAAAAUGUGCUGGUUUGAUAUGGACCUUUCAUCUCAACCAUACAAAACUCUGAAGACACAUCCAAAGGACAUAACGAAUGUUGCCUUCCAUCGAUCAUACCCUCUAUUCGCUUCUUGUUCCGAUGACUGUACAGCAUAUGUAUUUCAUGGAAUGGUGUACUCAGAUCUUAACCAGGAUCCUCUCAUUGUUCCUUUGGAGAUUCUCCGUGGCCAUACAUCCUCAAACGGCAGAGGUGUGUUGGAUUGCAAGUUCCAUCCAAGGCAGCCAUGGUUGUUCACUGCCGGUGCUGACUCUGUUAUUAAGCUUUACUGCCACUAAGACAUCGCGAAAUAGCCAGUUAUUAUGCCAGAGUUCAUAUCUCAGCAAGGCAACCAAAGGAAUGCCAUUGAUUGUAGUGAGAGACGACCUAACAUCAAAAAAAUGUUUUUAACAGUUGCACUUCAAAUGGAGUUUUAAUCGACAUGGCAGUUGUAUUCGGUUGAUUUCAGUUCAAGUUCAUUGAUUUGAACACAAAGGCAGGCUAGUAAAUCCGACUUGUACAAGCUCUGUAUCGUAUGCAUCUUUGAAACAGACAGAAGCAAGCAGCUUCAAAGUUAAAUAUACUAUUUGACAAGCAUGAGUAACUUCGAAGCUUGAAAUUUUGUAUCAGGUAGAUGGUUAAAAAAAUUAUUUUAUGGACGUUUUGUGCAAAUUUUGUAAUAUAUGGAGUUCUUAGGUAUAUUCUUUCCAGAAAAGUUACAACAUUUGAGGUGAUAUUUUAAGACAAACGGUAAUGGCAAAAAAUUGUCAUCAGAAUUUAUCUUUAA